UUCACUCUUGAGCAUUCACGUCACACCAGGUACCUUCUUGGCUGCGGCUGUUUUGUUCUUCGUUUUCUUCUUCACAUACGUCGCUUCAGUCGGCUGUAUACCCCUUCGAGCCCUGUCUCUUUUUCGCAUUCCCAGCUUUAGCAAGAGAGCGCCACCCGCUUUUACUCCUGAAGAACCUUCAUUCGUUGUUGAAGAGGUUGACGAGGUUGAAGAGCUACGACUACACAAGGAAUUACCAGCAUUACCUGCGCCUGAGAUCAAACGACCGCCGCUUCAGCUAAUUCGCACAUCGCACUCGAGUCGCUCUUCUUCGAGUCGCAGCUUACGGUCGCUAUUUUCCUCUCGUAACAAAGCACUACCCAGCUCCUCGCCCAUUUCAAGCCCUAGUCGCAGCCCAGGCCGAAGCUCAAGUCAAAGCUUAAGUACAAGGACUUCUAGAGUUCAGAGCAACGCUGAUAAACAGCUUGUACGUGUCGCGCAACAUAAUGACGACCAUGCACUUCUCCGAAGCCAGUCUGGACGACGGCGACUACGCGACCCUGAAGUCGCCACCGCCGAGGCAACUCGCCUACCCUCUGGCGCGUUCAGAUCGUGGCUUCUCGGCCGAGACUCACGACGACGAGAGCGACGACAACUUGGAUGAUGUCUCACUGUCCAACGGUAACUAUAGCCCGCCGGCCUGGCGGCGCCUUGAAAAUGGCGAUCGGUUUUACGGCAAUUGGCGAGGCGGAAACGAUGCGAUGGCCCGCCAUGCCUUCGACAGGUCAUCAAGACUACUCGACCCCAACCACGAUUCCGACAUUUUUGAAGCCGCGCGCAGGACUCGACUGCCCACCGGUAGCAUCAGUCCCGAAAAAGGACGUUCGCCUGAGCCUGAUAUAGGCGACGAUGAUACCUUGGUUAAAAUGAAAAGCGAAAGCAUGCCUCCGAUAAAGGAGGAAGUAGAUAGACAUCCCACAGAAGACCCAAGACAAAGCAUGAUGGCAUCCAUGCCUCCGAGUGCUACUCAUGACAAUUAUAUACGGUUUGCCGUCCGCGCCGAUAUACAACAACGCACAGAACCCAUUGAUGCGGCUGUCAAUUUCUUUCAGAAGAGCUAUCGAACCAUCACCAAAUCAUGGGCAAGCGUCGUUCUCGCCAUAUUAGUUGUGAUGCUGUCCAUGUCGGCAAGCCGCUUGCUCUUUGAACCCGCUCCGAUGCGGCCUGUUCCAGAUCUUGUCAAAGUCGCGGGGCUAGCACGCUCAUUUGAGCCCCUUAUCUACUACUCAGAAAAUGGUGUUUCCCAGGUGGGCGAUUUGCAAGCGACUGGCGUUGCAGUGUGGGACCUUGGCGAAAGCGUGCGCUCGAGCAACAUGACUUCAGCCCCGCUCAUCGUCAAAUCGCUCGAUGACUUAUCCGAGAGUCUCAAGACGCUCGCUGUCGAGCUCACAAAGUUUUUCGCUAAUGUCGACGGCGACAUCGAUAGCAUCUUGAUCGUUAUGGAUUGGGCACGGCGCGAGCUCUCGCAGCUCCAUUCACUGCCCAACCCGCCCCUGGCUACGGCGUUUUCCAACAUACACAACUUACUAUGCGCGGCUGGCCUUCUCGAGAACCCAGUGACGGGUGCGCCGACGAGGCUGGGAAGCGUAGCAACUACCGUAUUCGGGAUGUCGCAAUCCCAGCACACACAGCAAACUUUACAGCGCACCUUCACCGAGUUCUUGUCCGUCUUGGAGGAAGCAAUUGAGAGCGAACUCCAGCACUCACUCGCGCUCUUUGGCCUCUUCGAAGCCAUUGACAGGCAAUUCCUCAACCUAGGCCGCCUCGUCGUCCGCGAGUCCAGCGUUCAAGACGAGCAGCACGCGGACCUGCUCUCAUCGCUGUGGACACGCAUUCUCGGGCCCAAGGCCAGCGAAGUGAAGAAGUACGAGCGCAACCGCGAGCUACUAGUCAACGUGCGCCAGAAGACGGUGCGCAACAAAGGGAUACUAGUAGAGCACAACGGCAAACUGCUCAGCCUUAAAGCGAACCUCGAGAACCUACGGCGCAAGCUCGUCUCACCGCUCGUGAGAAGUGUGAAUAGUAGCACCCUCACGCUCGAUGAUCAGAUCAAAGGGCUUGAGGACGUGGGCAUAUACCUCGAGGGCGUCCGCGCACGCCAGAAGGGCAAGCUCAUGGAGAUGCUGUAUGGUGACAUCGGGAAUAGACGGCCUAUUGUUACGGCGAGCGCGAGACUCGUAGACGAGAACUCACAUCGAACUUAUUAGUGGUGAGCGUUGUGGAAAUAUCGUCUUCAUUGUUUUUUUUUUUUGGCGCACUCGUAUAUACGUCUUGCGAUGGGAUAGCCGUGUCAUGAUACACGCAAGAUCCAUCCAUCCAGUCGACGUGAACUUGAAUUGCGGGCUGUGUGCUAUGACGAGACAGCCGGCUAGCUAGCUCGCCA